UGAACGAUCUCUUCUUUCUCCUCAUCUUAUAAAUUCCAUAGCUAAUCUCUGCAAUCGACAUAACGACGAUCACAGCAAUCUUACAAAAUUCCAGUAAGUUUAAUUUUGUUCCGAAGAGGAAGAAAAAUACCCCCAGAUGGCGAACUCGUUUAACCGUUACAAUUGGAAUCCAAUCCGCCACGGCUACUAUCAUCAACCCCAGGUCCAACCCCAAUCAAUCAAACCAAAGGUCAUCAAUAUACCCGUCCAGUUCAUCGGCACUGACGAAAGAACAACCAAGAUGUCACCGGCGACGCCAGCAUUGGUGCCGUCUGAGGAGGCUAGGAUAUCUGCAGCUGUCACUAUCCAAAGAGCCGUGCGAGGGUUCGUGGUGAGGAAGAAUGCUCGAGUUGUCCGCCAGAUCGCAGCGGAGGUGGAUGAGAUGGAGCGAAUGUUGAAAGAGGAGGAAGCCAAGAUUCGCAUGGAUGCAAGGGAGCGGCUUAGGGUGAACGAGGCACUUAUGGCGUUGCUCCUCCGCCUCGACACUGUUCGUGGGGUGAGGGAAUUUCGGAAGAAGGUCAUCCGACGGGUCAUAACUCUCCAGGAGACGAUCGAUUCCAUCUCCGCGGCCGCCGAUGGCACUACACCCGCGAUCGGCGUAGCAGAGGACAGGGAGUAUUCGAGCAGCGAAGCAGCUGAUGAAUCAUUAAUUGAUAAUGAAAAGGAAGCAGAUCAAACCCUUGAUCAGGACGAGGAGACGAUGGAAAUACCCCCGUCCGUUGAAUCACCGAAUGGAAAAAGUGAUCUCAUCGCAGCAGGCGAUGAUGGCACAAUCUCCAUGAGCGCCAUAGCAGAUAAUCGGAAGGAUUUGAUGUUCGAAGCCGCUGAGGAGACAAACGAGGCCGCCGCAGAAAUGGAGAUGAAGAUCCAAGAACUAGACGAAUCGGCGAAUACGCAAAAUAAUUUGAUCGGUUUAGGGAUCGGAAGUGGAGUCGAUUCACUCGAUACAGAAGAGAUUCCGAAGGGUGAUGACCUAGUAUCGUCGCAGUGCUCUUCUUUGAUGGUAGAUUCGCCGACGGAGGAGAAAGGUCAUGAAGGGAUUGAGAUGAGGGAGAUAAUGCAGAAUAUGGCUGCUGAGAACGAGAGACUAAAGCAGAUGGUGGAGCAGCUAUGCGCGACGAGCGCGGAGCAGUGCACCCUUAUGGAGGGUCUCGCUGGCCGAAUCGAGCGCCUUGAACGCUUCGUCGUCAAUCGCAUGGAUCGCCGGAGGAAGAAGCGUGGACCUGUUUCCUCCGCCAAGUAGAUGCUAAAAUACGCAAAAGGAACAAUCUCUUGUGGUAUGUAAAUCAUUGAACGUUAAAGUGGCAAAGCCCACGAGAAGAAGAAAUGUGCCGCAGGAAGUGUAUUUUUGCAACAAUUUCUGCAAUAUGGCUUUGUUUUUGCUAGAAUUCAUUGUUUUUUUUUUUUUUUUUCUUCUUUUUUGAAUUCUGCUGAACAAGAACAUGGUACAAUCGGCUUCAUUAUGACAUCUAUGGACAUUGCCGUCUUCAGAUAAUUGUAAGCUUGAUGGGUAUAAAGGAUUCAUGAUGCUCUUCUUAGAAAUACAGUGCA